CAGUGCUCACGAGUCUGAUCACGGAGAGCUUCGAGCUGCGUGACUUCCUGAAUUACAGAGAAUUCUCGACACAUUACUUAACAAGCGAUAAAGACAUAGUUGAAUGCAGAACAGAACGGUCGCCGAAGUAAUAGAAUCUUCCUUUUAAACAUUUAUUUUUUGAAUUGAAAUCGUUUCAAAAUGACAUGUUCCCUGUUGUUUUCCGUUUUAUUUCAUGCCACAGUUAUCCAGACUUCCUCCGUUACCGUGAAUGUUCCUCGGACACAGUGGGCAUUGUAUCGUAGCUGUAUGGAAAUCCCGUGCACAUUUGAUUAUCAACAGGAAGACCAAAAACUACGCGGUGUUUGGUUAAAAGGUGGAGCUGAUCCCCUGAAGCCAGGUGUCACUGUUAUCUCCGAUAUGGGAAAAAUAUCCAAUGCCUAUAAAGGGCGAGCAGAAUUCACCGGUAAUCUGUCCCAGAAAAGGUGUUCGUUGGGCAUGAAAGACGUCCGGAUGUUUGACGAUGGUGUUUACUGCUUUCGGGUGACCUUGGAAACUCUACGUAUGAAAAACAAAGGGAAAUGGGAAGGAUGUGUCACUAUUUCCGUUACAUAUAAACCACGGAUAUCUGUGCCCCAGAAUCUUGUCGCUGGGAUAGCGAGCUACCUGACCUGCACAGUAGAUCACAGUUGUCCAUCGGCCCAGCUAAAUCUAAUGUGGUUGCCGGGUGAAAAUUUGCGGCAAAUUAUUCAAGUUUCCAACGAAAACCUGAAGGAUGCUCAGGGAUCCAGGAGAAUUUCUUCCAACUUCUCAUUCACCCCAUCGUUUUAUCAUGACGAUCAGCCCGUGAUGGUGUCCGACCCGACCUGCAUGAGCUUUGAGAAUUCGGUCAACUGUACCUGCAAAGUCAAAGCCAAGCCCCUUGCAAACAUCACCUGGAGAGUCAAUGGGAAGGCCUUCGCAGUACACAGCAAUUAUUUCGUUGUCACCCACAGGAUGUUGGAUAAUUUCCUCAAGGAGUCCUCACUGACAAUGAGUCACCAGGCUGGCUCCAGACAACUCAUCUCCUGUGUCGCGGUGAAUGUGCACGGUAUCAGUACCGGGACAUUCGAACUCGAAUCACCAGCUUCCGGAUCAUGGACGAGGCUCAUUGUCGUCUCAACAGGAACUGGUGCAUUGGUUAUUAUUGUAAUCCUGACUAAAAUAUUUGCCUACAGGAAGAAGAGGAGAAGAAAUACCAUUGCUGAUGUCCAGUAGACGGAAAAUUUGCAGAGUUCGUCUGAUUACCAGGAACACUUAUUUGAUUUAGUUUCAAAGCUGAUGUUCCAGAGUACCCAUAUAAAUAUGAUGUCGACGUUCAUACACACUCGUUCACGAAUUUCAACCGCGAACCGCACCCGACUGACCAAAACACCCUUGAAAAUAUUAAAGUAUCUCUAGGAAAAUGUAUUGCCCGUGGACGGCAAAGUUGUCGGAACAUAUGUUGCACAAACGUAUGAUUAGGCAUAAUUAUCAAAGAAACCUUAUAAAAAUGCAUUUCACAACUGAGAUAAAUUACUGAUAGCGAAAGAAAAGUUGGAUCAGUGCCUUCACUUUGAUUCAUGAAAGCAUAAACGUUAAGCAGAAUUUAGGACCCCGAUAACCUGAGAAAAUUAAAAUCGCAGUUGAUAAGUCCAUUGCGCCGACUCAGAUACAGGAUUAAAAUCUCAUCUUUUUUUUUUCGUUUUCACCAGCUGCAUUUCCUGCAACAGCAGCCCAUCCCUGGACUAGUAUAUCAGUGUAAAUAGAGAUUUAUCGUAGAAAUUGCACCCUAUUCCACAAUUUGGCUUGGCAGCACUUUCCACAUAUCAAUUAUGAUCUUCAAGUACAUUUAUUACUGGUCUUAAUUUAGAAAUGCAACUCGCUAAUAGGGUCUUCACAGACAAUAACACCCAUGUGACAAUUAACAUACCAGCAUAUGUGUCUUUGCAAUAUGGGAGGAAACAGGAUGAAUAGGUUAAAUCGUCUAUCUAUCUAUCAAUUAAUUCAGCAAUUUCUUCGUUUCAGCGUCUGCAUUACUGACCUUUAAUAGGAAACGGAUCGAAAUAUUGGAGCGUUAGUGUCCUGUUACCGCUCGUCAGGUUCGCUCGACUUAUUUCUUAAUAACCUACUUGUGAAUUUGGAGAACAAAUCCCGUGCUGCAGCCGCCAUCGUUUGGUGCAUUCCGAACACUGGGCAAUAUAGUAUCAGAAAGCGUGUUGUAAAUGCUUUGAAAAUAAUUUA